AAAUUAAAAAAAAAAAACAAAUAUAAAAACAAGAUCCCAUUGGCAGGUGAUGGAUGAGUUGUUCACAUUCUGUUCAUCUAACUAACUCUCUGUCUCAAACAGAUUCACCUUCUCUCUUCAUUUUUCUGGCAAAAGUUUUCAGCGUUGAUCGUCACGUUUUAAGCGGUGACUGAGACGAAUGAGAGUUUAAUUUGGUUGAUUUGGUUCACAGAUGAUCUCAAGGAAGCCAUGAAAGAGACCCCUAAAAUAUACACAAACCCUUUUCUAUCAGACGAAGAGAACGAAAAGGUCAACUUAUGGACUCAAGAACUCGAGCAUUCAAAUAUUGAAGACGAUAAGUUGAUAGAUUCUUUAGCGUCAUCAGAAUUUUUCAAGAAGGAAACAGAAGUUUACACCGAUAAAAAUGUCAUGGAAUGUGAGUUACCCGAGUCGUUAGUUUGUUACAAGGAGGGUGCUUUUCAUGUUAAAGAUAUUUGUGUUGAUGAAGGAAUACCUUGUGAAGAAAGGAUCGUGUUCGAUGAGAAUAAUAAUGAGACGAUGAAGCAUGAACCGUUGACAUUUUCAACCGUGGAAGAUUAUUACAUGGAAUCUAAUGUAUGUUCUGAAGUCAAUGGGAAGAUUGAUACUGGUUUGACCGUACUAGAACCGUCUGAUGAUCAUGGGACCAACGAAGAAGUUAUCGAUUCUAUUGUUCCAAAUGGUCCAGGCGUCUUGUUACAGCCAGAUGAGGAACAAAUCAAUUCAAGCGUAAUUUCAUCCUCGCAACAAGACCGACGACCACUGCCAUCCCUCAAAUCUCUCUUUGAGUCCGUUGAUCAACAGCCUUCUGAGGCUGCAGUUUUGAAUAUAACCAAAACCGAGCCAGCAACGAGUACUGGUGUUUAUAACAUCGGGAAUCUAGAACGUGUUGAUGAACUUUCCAUAGAGCCACAUGAUGUACCUAAGCUCCAGGAUGCUGGUUCAGAUAAUUUUCUAGUGGUUAACCAUGGUGGUGAAGGAGAGUCGAGUUUCUCGGUUGCAGGUCCCCUUUCAGGACCGGUAGGAAGCACCUCUCUUCGAUCAGAUAGCAGCACGACUAGCACCCGAUCAUUUGCCUUUCCCAUAUUGCAGAAUGAAUGGAACAGUAGUCCUGUAAGAAUGGCGAAAGCUGACCGCAGACGUUUACAGAAGCAUCAUGGAUGGAGGCAUGGGCUUUUAUGCUGUAGAUUUUGAUUUGAUUUCAUGCAUAUUUGUUUGUGUGCAAACUUCAUUUAUUUUUACAUUUGUUUGUCUUAAAUAUGAGUUUGUAGUUAUAUUUAAUUAUGUACUUACAGUUAUAAAUUUUAAUAUAAUUGUUAGUCAUAGCUGUAAAUACUAAUUCCUAUGAUUAUCUU